ACAAUCCACCAUUUGUUGUGCAGGAUAAGAAGACCGCCACCACCACCACCUCUCCUCCGCCAUAACUUCUUCCUCCAUUUUCGUUUCUUCUUCUUCUUCCUUCAAACCCCCAUUCCCUUAAAUUCUCUGAAUUUGAAUUUGAAUUUGAAUUUGAAUUUGGCUAUGUUUAACGCACAUUUCCUCCUCUCCUUAUCUCUCCUCCUCUCAUUCCCACUGCUCUUCCUCUUCGUCCCACGAUUCCUCCCGCAGCGCCACGUCGAAAUCUCCCUCCCCGACGAGCUCGACGACCUCGCCCUCUUCCGCCGCGCCACCCUCGCCUCCCUCUCCGACAACGCCGCCUCCUCCGCCACCGCCACCGCCAAACCCAAAAUCGCCUUCCUCUUCCUCACCAACACCGAUCUCCAUUUCGCCCCCCUCUGGCAACUCUUCUUCCGGGGCAACGACCCCCUCUACAACAUCUACAUCCACGCCGAUCCCUUCUCCAAAGUCUCCCCUCCCGGCGGCGUCUUCUCCGGCCGCUUCGUCGCCGCCAAAAAAACCCAGCGCGCCAACCCAACCCUCAUCUCCGCCGCCCGCCGCCUCCUCGCCAACGCCCUCCUCGACGACCCCCUCAACGCCUACUUCGCCGUCAUCUCCCAGCACUGCAUCCCCCUCCAUUCCUUCCAAUACGUCUACAACUCCCUCAUCUUCAAACCCGCCGCCGCCACGUCAUCACCCUCCUCCUCCCUGUACCGGAGCUUCAUCGAGAUACUAGACGACGAGCCGCAGCUAUGGGACCGAUACAUCGCCAGGGGCAAACAGGUAAUGCUGCCCGAGGUCCCCUUCACCCGGUUCCGGGUCGGGUCGCAGUUCUUCGUUCUGACCCGGCAGCACGCGCUCGUCGUGAUCAGGGAUCGGAGGCUGUGGAGGAAGUUUAAACUGCCGUGCCUGAAUCUCGACUCGUGCUACCCGGAGGAGCAUUAUUUCCCGACCCUUUUGUCGAUGGAGGAUCCCGAUGGCUGCACGCAUUAUACCCUGACCCGGGUUAAUUGGACCGGGAGCGUGGGCGGGCACCCGCAUACAUACCGCCCGCCCGAGGUUUCGCCCCGGCUUAUUCACCAGCUGCGUCAGUCGAAUUCUAGUUACCCGUUUAUGUUCGCGAGGAAGUUUUCGCCCGAUUGCUUGCAGCCGUUGCUCGAUAUGGCGGAGAAAGUUAUUUUCAGGGACUGAAAUUUUUUCGUGUCCGGGUCGAAGUGUCGGGAGGAAUCUAUAUCUCUUUAUACGGAACUUGAAUUAUUAUUAUUAAUAUGUGUAUGGCAAAGUUUCAAAGCUAGGCCGAAGGCCUAACUAUGUGUUGGUUGUGUACAUAGAAGAAAUGGGGAAUGGACGCUAUUUUAACACGGGCGGUGAAGUAAGUGGGCUUAGAGUGGAGUCGACAGGAAAUGCGCAAAGGCUCGUUGCACUUUUUUUUCCUUGGUUUCGUUUUUUUUGGUCGAAGAAAAUUAAAAUGGAGUCUCCCAUUUGCCCCCCUCUAAUCCGCCAUCCUACUUUCGGGGUUUUUUUUGUAAUUUUUUUUAAAUGUGACUUGUGAUGUAUGUAUUGUUCGUUUUUUUUUUUUUCGUUUUUUGGGUUUUCUUUUUUUUUUUUGUUAUUUUGAAGAUAAUAUUGGCGCCAUUUCAAGUUUGACAUGCUCUGCUAUACAUGUAUAAAAAUGUUGUCACUGUAAAAGAAUUAUGAUUUCUGUGGUC